AAGCAUCAUAAUAAGUGUUACUAAAACGCGUAUGACUUUGACUAAUUUAACAGAGCGUGUGUGUCUGGAUAGAGAUAUAUAAUAGAAUAUAUUAGGGGGAACAAGUACUAGAGAAUAUAGAAUAGACAUAUAUUUGGGUGCAUAUGUAUCCAGAAUUGGACUUUGAUUCGGUGGUGCUAGUUGUUGUUGUUGUUGCUUUGAUUCCUGAAAGCGUUUGGGAGGAUUUUGCCUCCGGCGGUUUCGUUUUCGCAGCACCAAGCUCCUUUCCAGCACCAACAAGAACAUGCUUGACAAAGAAUUUUUCACUGAAUAUGGUGAGGCAAGUCUCUAUGAAAUUCAAGAGGUUGUUGGAAAGGGAAGUUAUGGUGUUGUUGCUGCUGCAGUUGAUACUCAUACCGGGGAAAAAGUGGCAAUCAAAAAGAUUAAUGAUGUUUUUGAGCAUGUUUCAGAUGCCACCCGCAUUUUGAGAGAAAUUAAACUCCUUCGGUUGCUUCAACACCCUGAUGUUGUAGAAAUAAAACACAUAAUGCUUCCUCCCUGUCGAAGAGAAUUUAAGGACAUAUAUGUUGUUUUUGAGCUGAUGGAAUCCGACUUACACCAAGUAAUCAAGGCCAAUGAUAAUCUCACUCCUGGACAUCAUCAGUUUUUCUUGUAUCAGCUACUUCGAGCUUUAAAGUAUAUACAUACAGGACAUGUAUUCCAUCGAGAUUUAAAGCCGAAAAACAUUCUUGCUAAUGCAGACUGCAAACUGAAAAUAUGUGAUUUUGGGCUUGCUAGGGCAUCAUUUGAUGAUGCACCAUCAGCUAUUUUUUGGACUGACUAUGUAGCAACAAGGUGGUAUCGAGCUCCAGAACUCUGUGGUUCUUUUUUCUCCAAAUAUACACCUGCUGUUGAUAUCUGGAGCAUAGGAUGCAUAUUUGCUGAAAUGCUUACUGGUAAACCAUUGUUUCCUGGGAAGAAUGUGGUGCACCAGUUGGAUCUCGUUACUGAUUUGCUUGGCACCCCACCCCCUGAAACAAUUGCAAGGAUACGGAAUGAAAAGGCCAAAAGAUAUUUAAGUAGCAUGAGGAAGAAAGCACCUAUUCCUUUUUCGCAGAAAUUCCCCAAUGCUGAUCCACUGGCUCUUCGUUUGCUGGAACGUUUGCUUGCAUUCGAUCACCAAAAUCGACCUUCUGCUGAAGAGGCCCUGGCUGAUCCAUACUUCCAUGGUUUGGCCAACUUGGACAAUGAACCAUCUAGACAGCCAAUUUCUAAACUAGAGUUUGAGUUUGAAAGAAUGAAGUUGAUAAAAGAUGAUGUCAGGGAGCUAAUUUACAGGGAGAUAUUGGAGUAUCAUCCACAAAUGUUGCAGGAGUACCUUUAUGGUGUAGAGCAGACAAGCUUCAUGUAUCCAAGUGGAGUUGAUCGAUUUAAGCAACAAUUUGCUCAUCUUGAGGAGCCCCACGUUAAGGGGGAAAAAACCACUCCAGUCCAAAGGCGAUAUGCCUCUUUGCCCAGAGAGCGGAUUUGUCCACAUAAAGACGAAGACACUGACCAUAACAAUGACACAGAAAUGCGGACUACAGCAGCUGUUGCACGCACAACACUCCUUAGCCCGCCAAGGUCACAGAGAAUUAUGGAUUCAGAAACGACUAACUUGGAGGCUACAGAGAUGCAGAAUGGUGUCUGUCAACCACACUGUAAAAGACAUGGCUUGUUGAGAAGUUCUAGCAUUAGUGCUUCCAAGUGUAUAGAAGUAGCUGAGAAAGGCUGCAAGGAUCAGCAAAACGAAGAUCAGAUUAAUGGGUUGUCGCAGAAACUCGCCACAUUCUAUGCUUGAUUGCCUUCACUUAUAAAUCUUGGACUCGAAGGCUAUCGCGUGCUUCACUUGGCUUAUCAGUGGCUGUAUUUGUGAAUGGUAAUUAUAAUGUGGAGUCCUAAGUGGCGUAGGAAGCAAGAUUGGUCUCAGUUACUUGACUUUACAUGGAGCAUAGAUAUUAGAGCUUCAUGAGCGUAUAGUUCUUGAGCUGGUGUGCUUUAGCUUUUUAAUCUAAUGGAUUUGUUCAGUGUUUCAUCCUUCGUUUCCCAUGAACUUCUCAAACUGUAUGUAGAACUUGUAGUCAGCUAAUAUUGACAGGAACUUUACAUGUCGCAUAA